CUCAAACCUCCACGUUCUGUGUUGCAGCAAUCGGGGGCGAAUGCGACCGCGCACAGACGGAGCCAUUAUGGCGCUGAGCGCACCAGUUUCGUAACCUUGGAGGAGGGAGGAGUCUCUGGCGUUUCUGGAAGCUGGAACGGUAGCGGAGCGACGGGGGAAGAGGGGGGAAUCUAGAGCAACGGUGAAGAUAGCUUCAGCAGCAUCUGAGAUCCAUUUUAAUAGUAUCGGAGGCAAGGCACGCCUGAGCGCAGCAAGUCUUGGCUUUGGGCGAGGAAAUAAACAGACAUGAGGGCUUUAUAAAGCGGGGACCAGCUGAGCAGCUUCUGCGUGAGUUCGUUUUUCGAACAUGCAUGGGCUAUUUCUAGUGCAAUAUUGAUGUUAUUUCAAUACAUCUGAAUCUAGCUAACCGGUUAAAUAUAGAGCAUCGACCGGAGCAUCACAGGUGUAGUUAUUAUUUGAGGAAACGUAUAUCGAUCCAGCAAUAGAAACAACACAGACUCUGCACAGGACUGAGGCGGGCGUUUAAUAAACGUUUGAAAAUCACUGCUUUCUGGCAACGGAGGAUUAAGGAGCCGGGAGACGAGGAGAAGGUGGGGCUGGGGACCCGGAGAAAAACGGACAAAAUAGGAAUAGCUAGCCAGCUUGCUUGCUAGCUACACCUCCGGCAGUGCUUUUGAGGGGACCGAGGGGAAAGCAAGAAUUCUCCGCCUAUUGGAAUUUGGAGAGCUUACAAAAAGACCAUUUGGUUGAUCUCCCUCCCCCCAUACGAGGACCAGGGCUAGCUGUAUAUUUUGGCCCUUUUGUUUGAUCUAAAAUAUAACGUUUUGGACGGAUUGCCCGGGGAUACUUUCCCCAUUCUUGCUGGACCAUGGCCGACGACGACGUUUUGUUUGAAGACGUAUACGAGCUCUGCGAGGUGAUCGGAAAGGGGCCUUUCAGUGUGGUGCGGAGAUGUAUAAACAGAGAAACGGGGCAGCAGUUUGCUGUCAAAAUAGUGGAUGUGGCCAAGUUCACCUCCAGUCCCGGACUCAGCACAGAGGACCUGAAGAGGGAGGCCAGCAUAUGCCACAUGCUCAAACACCCCCACAUCGUGGAGCUGCUGGAGACGUACAGCUCUGACGGGAUGCUCUACAUGGUCUUCGAGUUUAUGGACGGAGCAGACCUUUGCUUUGAGAUCGUGAAGAGGGCGGACGCUGGUUUCGUCUACAGCGAGGCAGUCGCCAGCCACUACAUGCGUCAGAUCCUCGAGGCGCUGCGCUAUUGCCAUGACAACAACGUCAUUCAUCGGGAUGUCAAGCCUCACUGUGUGCUCCUGGCUUCCAAAGAGAACUCUGCCCCGGUGAAGCUGGGUGGGUUUGGCGUGGCCAUCCAGCUGGGAGAGUCCGGUCUUGUGGCUGGAGGCCGCGUGGGCACGCCGCACUUCAUGGCCCCGGAGGUGGUGAAGCGGGAGCCGUACGGGAAGCCGGUGGACGUCUGGGGCUGCGGGGUCAUCCUCUUCAUCCUGCUCAGCGGCUGCCUGCCCUUCUACGGCACCAAGGAGCGGCUGUUCGAAGCCAUAAUCAAGGGCCGCUACAAGGUAAUGAACCCGCGCCAGUGGAGCCACAUCUCGGAGAGCGCCAAGGACCUGGUGCGCCGCAUGCUGAUGCUGGACCCCGCCGAGAGGAUCACCGUGUACGAGGCCCUCAACCACCCCUGGCUGAAGGAGAGGGACCGCUACGCCUACAAGAUCCACCUCCCGGAGACGGUGGAGCAGCUGAGGAAGUUCAACGCCCGGAGGAAGCUCAAGGGGGCAGUGCUAGCUGCCGUCUCCAGCCACAAGUUCAACUCCUUUUAUGGAGACCCACCUGAGGAGCUCCCUGACUACUCUGAAGACCCUACCUCCUCAGGACUGUUCGCUGUAGAAAGGGCAGUCUCACAGGUGCUGGACAGUCUGGAGGAGAUCCACGCUCUGACUGACUGCAGUGAGAAGGACCUGGACUUCCUGCACAGCGUCUUCCAGGACCAGCACCUCCACACCCUGCUGGAUCUGUACGACAAGAUCAACACCAAGUCCUCCCCGCAAAUACGGAACCCCCCCAGCGACGCAGUGCAGAGAGCCAAAGAGGUACUGGAAGAGGUUUCCUGUUACCCCGAGAACAACGACGCUAAAGACCUGAGACGCAUCCUCACGCAACCCCAUUUUAUGGCCUUACUGCAGACCCACGAUGUGGUGGCUCACGAGGUGUACAGUGACGAGGCUCUGCGGGUGACGCCCCCCCCCACCUCGCCCUACCUGAACGGGGACUCGCCCGAGAGCGCCAGCGGGGACAUGGACCUGGAGAACGUCACGCGUGUGCGGCUGGUGCAGUUCCAGAAGAACACCGACGAGCCCAUGGGCAUCACUCUGAAGAUGAACGAUCUGAACCACUGUAUCGUGGCACGAAUAAUGCACGGGGGCAUGAUUCACAGACAAGGAACGCUGCACGUGGGAGACGAGAUCCGGGAGAUCAACGGGAUCAGCGUGGCCAACCAAACGGUGGAGCAGCUGCAGAAGAUGCUGAGGGAGAUGAGGGGCAGCAUCACCUUUAAGAUCGUCCCGAGCUACCGCACACAGUCUGUGUCCUCUGAGAAAGAGUCCCCUUCCACCUCCAGACAGUCCCCGGCUAACGGCCACACCAGCAUUACCAGUUCCAUCUUGGACCUGCCAGCAACCAUUCAGCCCAAAGGAAGACAGAUCUCCGGACCUACAAUCAAGGCUAAAAUGCCCCUGAAGAUCUACGUCAGAGCGCAGUUUGAGUACGACCCAGCCAAAGAUGACCUCAUCCCCUGCAAAGAGGCGGGAAUCCGCUUCAGGGUGGGCGACAUCAUCCAGAUCAUCAGCAAGGACGACCACAACUGGUGGCAGGGCAAGCUGGAGAACACCAAGAACGGCACGGCUGGGCUGAUCCCCUCCCCUGAGCUGCAGGAGUGGCGUGUGGCCUGUAUAGCGAUGGAGAAGACCAAGCAGGAGCAGCAGGCCAGCUGUACCUGGUUUGGGAAGAAGAAGAGGCAAUGCAAAGAUAAAUACCUGGCCAAGCACAACGCAGUGUUCGACCAACUAGAUCUCGUCACGUACGAAGAAGUAGUGAAACUGCCAGCAUUCAAGAGGAAAACGCUAGUCCUGUUAGGAGCCCAUGGUGUGGGCAGAAGACACAUCAAGAACACACUCAUCACGAAGCACCCCGACAGAUUCGCGUACCCCAUUCCACACACGACCAGACCUCCGAAGAAGGACGAGGAGAACGGGAAGAACUACUACUUCGUAUCGCACGACCAAAUGAUGCAGGACAUCUCCAACAACGACUACUUGGAGUACGGGAGUCACGAGGACGCCAUGUACGGCACGCGGCUGGAGACCAUCCGCAAGAUCCACCAGCAGGGCCUCGUCUCCAUCCUGGACGUGGAGCCUCAGGCGCUGAAAGUCCUGCGCACAGCUGAGUUUGCACCAUACGUUGUCUUCAUCGCUGCUCCAACUAUAACCCCUGGCAUCAAUGAGGACGAGUCCCUGCAGCGGCUCCAGAAGGAGUCGGAGGUCCUGCAGAAGACGUACGCGCACUACUUCGACCAGACCGUCAUCAACAACGAGAUCGACGAGACCAUCAGACACCUGGAGGAGGCCAUCGACCUGGUGUGCACCACCGGCCAAUGGGUGCCCGUCUCGUGGGUCUACUAGCCCCGCCCCCCCCCCGCCGCCCCGCCCUCCUCCAGCAGUCCUCCCGCUGUCCUGCCCCCCCCACCCCCCCCCCAACUCCUUCCUUUGCAAGGCAUCUCUGCUGAAACUUCAUCAUUCCCCCCCGGGAGAGAAAAAAACGACAGCCUCAGACACUCUGAAUCCUCGGUGUACACGAACUGCCACCCAGUCCGCCUCGGGGGCCGCCCCCCUACAGACUACCUUGCCGUAGUGUUGUAUAAAAAAAAUUAAAAAAAAAAAAAAAAAAAAACAUAAAUAACUAAAUGAGUAAAUAUUGUCCUGUCCGUAUAGCUAGGAGGCAACACUUCAUAGACUUGUUCUUAAAGAGGCAGUAUCCCAGCCGGGCCGGCUGUGUGGAGCGGGACGGAGACGCGUGGAUAAUCAGUCCGCAGCGAUGCACUCUGCCCCCGCUGUGUGCCGUGUCUUUGCAGGUAUUGUGCUUCUCAGUCCAGCUUCUCUCCGCCUGGACCCCUAUAGAGAGAAGGAAAGCACAUAAACGCCGCAUAGUUCCCCCCUAUUGCGCCUUCUAUUUAUUUAAUCAAACCGCGAUGCACUGCAAUCACCUCUUUCUCUCCCCUUUCUCUCCGCCUCUCUCUCUAGCUCUUUCACUCUUUCUCUCUGCCUCUCACUCCGUCUUUGGUCUCUUUUUACCCGUCUCCCUCUCACCUGACACAUUGGCCCCCACUUCAGUGUAAGAUUUCUCGUUUACAUUUCUGAGUUUGCACAGAGGCCAAUACCUCCUCCGUUCUCCACAGAUACUGUCUCUCUAAACGAACACGGAAAUGUCUCAGAGAUUUGAACGAGGUCUCUUGCAUGUGGACAUUCUCGAGCUUACGUGCUGUCAGUGUCCGACUACUGUUAUCUGCAGCACAGCACAGCACAUCCCGUUUGGUUGGAAGACAAAAAGAAAAAACACGGAACAAGGGAGGAGAAAAUAAAAAAAAAUAACACCUAUGCACUUCCCUUGCGUUUUGGGUGACCUUUGAAAAACGACCAGUUCAACCCUGUAGUGAGAUGUGUUUGUAAAUUGUCUCAAUUUAAUUUGUUGUAAGACAAAGGAGGGGGGAAUGCAAUCUAUUCCAGAUUCACCAUUUCAGAAACGUGUUGUCUGAGAGUAUUAAUGUUUUAAUUAAGUUUAAUCAAAGGAGGAAAAAAAAAAUGCUGAUUUUUAUUCUGUGUGUAAUUGUUUCAAAAAAAGAGGUGCACAUUUUGCAAGUGAAACACCUUGCAGAUGAAGAACCAGUCUGUGCAUCAAAGAAGCUAUGUACAUGAAAAACCGUUUACUUCAAACUGCCCUGUGUAAAUUCUUCUGCAAAUGACAAAGCAGUUCUUCAGUAUGAACAGUUUUUUAAAUAUAUUUCCUUUUAUGUGUUCAAACAGUAAAA